UCUGCUCCAUGUACAGGGCGAGCUGCCCGACUCUCAGCAAAGCAAACCAGGUCCCAUCUGCUGGGGAGACACAUUGUAAAUCAAUGGAACCCAGGGGAGCUUGAUUCAUGCUGGGAGACAGGGGGUGACGCUGGGGGGUUCCCUGCCGGAGAUGAUCCCUAGGAAACUUGUAGGAAGACUUGUGUCAUUGUGGUGAAUUGGUGCAGAACACAGGAAUGUGGAACUCCAUGUUCACCUUGAUGGAAGCAUCAAACCAGAAACGAUCUUACAUUUUGCAAAGAAAAGACAAAUCAAGCUCCCCGCAGACACAGUGGAAGGCCUCCUAGAGCAUGUUUCCUACAAAGAACCUCUGAGUCUAACCGAAUUCCUCCAAAAAUUCAAUCAUUACAUGCCAGCAAUAGCAGGUGACAGAGAAGCUAUAAAGAGAAUCGCCUAUGAAUUUGUGGAAAUGAAAGCCAAAGAAGGGGUGAUUUAUGUAGAAGUCAGAUACAGCCCCCAUUUCCUAGCUAACUCCAAAGUGGAACCCAUUCCAUGGGGCCAGAAAGAAGGUGACAUCACGCCUGAUGAAGUGGUUGAUCUAGUUAACCAGGGAUUACGGAAGGGAGAGAAAGCGUUCAACAUCAAAGCCAGGUCUAUUCUAUGCUGCAUGCGACACAUGCCAAAUUGGUCCUCAGAGGUGGUUGAGCUUUGCAAAAAGUACCAAAAUGACACUGUUGUUGCCAUAGACUUGGCCGGGGAUGAAUCUCUCAACUGUGAGUCGUACCCCGGGCACAGGAAGGCGUAUGAGGAAGCGGUCAAAUGUGGAAUCCAUCGAACUGUUCAUGCUGGAGAAGUGGGACCCCCCAGUGUGGUGAAGGAGGCUGUGGAGGUGCUGAAGGCUGAAAGGAUUGGACAUGGCUACCAUACUACGGAAGACCCAAAUCUAUAUAAAGAGCUUUUGGAAAAGAAUAUGCACUUUGAGGUGUGUCCGUGGUCGAGCUAUCUGACUAGCGCGUGUCACCCAGAUUUUACCAAACAUCCGGCUAUACAAUUUAGGAAAGACAAAGCCAAUUACUCACUGAACACAGACGACCCUCUGAUAUUUGGAUCUACCCUGGACGUUGAUUAUUCGAUUGCAGUGAAACACAUGGGCUUUACAGAAGAAGAGUUUAAGCGAGUGAACAUCAACUCUGCCAAAUCAAGCUUUCUACCUGACAAUGAGAAGAAAGAGCUGCUGUAUAAACUAUAUGAAGCCUAUGGCAUGAUCCUAUCCACAGGACUCUGAAAUUACAUGUCAGUAUACCAAAUGCAUUUAAAACACUCCCUGGGCAGAAGAGGCUUUUCCAAGUAUUUGGAAUACACCACAACCCAGAUACAAAGCCAACUGGGAUACAUAUUGUACCAAACCUGGCAUGGCUCUGCUAUAUUAUGGGAACAAUUCUUUGUUCUGCAUGACCAAUUUAUUUACUCAACAACAUUACUCAACAUUCUAAGUCUCUGUCUUAUAUAUUUCCCUUAUUAAUCAUAUAAAUCUCCGGUUGGGCUUCUGCACUCUAAUCCCUGAGCUCCACCUUAACCGCUACUUAUUAGAACCAAGGGAAGGAAAGUCUGGAGCCAAUGCCUGGAACAAGAAGGAAACACGCACAGCCAAGAUUAUUUCUGGGUUUUUUUGUUCAUAAAUGUUAACACCUCUAAAAUGUAUUGGACAGCCACUGGUUUCUCAUGAAUGUACCAGGAAUACAAAGAAAGAAUAUGAAGAAAAUAAAAAAAAGUCUUAAUUUUGA